CUCCCCUCCAUCAGUGGGAUAUAUACAUACCGGUCCUGCCUCGGCCCAGCGCCUCCUCAGCCUCUCAGAGGAUCAGCAGCCCACGCAGCACUGGGAGUAAUGGCACCGGCGACGAAGAAGGGAGUCUUGGAGCGUCUUAACGCUGGAGAGGUGGUGAUUGGAGAUGGGGGCUUCGUGUUCGCCCUGGAGAAGAGGGGCUAUGUGAAGGCUGGUCCCUGGACCCCAGAAGCUGCUGCAGAGUACCCUGAAGCAGUGCGACAGCUGCACAGGGAAUUCCUGAGGGCCGGCUCCAAUGUUAUGCAGACCUUCACAUUCUAUGCCAGUGACGAUAAACUGGAGAACAGGGGCAACAAACUCACAUUCACAGGAGCACAGAUCAACGAGGCGGCCUGCAAUCUGGCUCGUGAGGUAGCCAACGAAGGGGACGCGUUGGUCGCCGGUGGAGUUUGCCAGACUCCGUCCUACCUGAGCUGUAAGAGUGAGGUUGAGGUGAAAGCCAUCCUCAAGAAACAGCUGGACGUGUUCAUAAAGAAGGAUGUGGACUUCCUGAUUGCUGAGUACUUUGAGCAUGUUGAGGAGGCAGAGUGGGCGGUGCAGGUGCUGAAGGAGACCGGGAAGCCUGUGGCUGCUUCUCUGUGCAUUGGACCACAGGGGGACAUGCAUGGAAUCUCACCUGGAGACUGUGCCGUGAGGCUGGUCAAGGCUGGUGCCCAGAUUGUCGGAGUCAACUGCCAUUUUGACCCCAUGACCUGUGUAGAGACGGUUAGGAAGAUGAAGGAGGGAGUAGAGAAGGCCGGACUAAAGGCUCACUACAUGGUGCAGCCUCUGGCUUAUCACACCCCCGACUGCGGCUGUCAGGGAUUCAUUGAUCUGCCGGAGUUCCCCUUUGGCCUGGAGCCCAGGAUCCUUACCCGUUGGGACAUGCACAAGUACGCCAGAGAGGCCUACAAAGUUGGCAUCCGCUUCAUUGGCGGCUGCUGUGGGUUUGAGCCUUACCACAUCAGAGCUAUUGCUGAGGAGUUGGCCCCUGAGAGAGGUUUCCUUCCUGUAGCUUCAGAGAAACAUGGCAGCUGGGGCAGUGGUCUGGAAAUGCACACCAAGCCCUGGGUCAGAGCCAGGGCCCGCCGUGACUAUUGGGAUACCCUGAAGCCUGCAUCUGGUCGCCCACAGUGCCCCUCCAUGUCCACACCUGACAACUGGGGCGUCACCAAGGGCCAUGCUGACCUCAUGCAACAGAAAGAGGCCACCACCCAGGACCAACUCAAAGUUCUCUUUGAUAAGCCAAAGAAGCAAUAAGUCAGCCUGUCUCUUCCAGAUGUCUGUGCAGAGUGUAUACCGUCAACUUCGCCUUGGUGUUAUUGAUGCUGCACACUGGUGGCUUGCAUCAAUAUACAAAACUGCAUCUACUAAAUGUAAUAUGCUGGUAGGCAAUGUGUCUGUAAUGUCAACUUACCGACCUCUGGUGUGCAGCACCAAUCGGCGUUCCCAUCUCCAAAAUGGGCCGAAUCCUCUCUUGAGACAUGGUUUUCUGCACAAUCUCUUGCUUACUGAAAAUAAUGUGGUAAAGAGGUCCACAUCCUAUGUGUAUCAAGUUAGGAGCUGGCAAAUUUUGGAUUGGGACCUGGUUUUUCCAUGCUUCUGGACCAUUUGUUUUAAUGCCAAGUUUAAUAAAACAAGUCUUUAU